UUCUUAUUCCUGAAAUAGGGUGUACUUUUUCUACUUUUGGUGAAGCUCGUGCCUUUAUUGAAAAUUAUGCGGCACAGACUAAUAUUGUUACGAUUUUGGGAAAAACAACCCGAAAUUCUGAUGGUAAUGGUUAUAGACAGGCAUAUUUUGUCUGCGAGAAACAGGGGGGUUAUAAUGGAAAAAAUGAAGAAAAAUAUACUACUAAGCGAACAGGUUGUCCGUUUGUUAUUGGAAUAAAUUAUCAUAAAUGUACAAACGUAUUCGCUAUAACUAAAUUGUGCUUGAAGCAUAGUCAUGAUAUUGAUCCUGAUGCUAGAAAGUUUAGUAUUAACAUGCGCAAACUGGAUCAGAAUGAAUUGGGCGUAAUUGAAGAGCUUCAUAAUAAUGGGCUUCGAACAAAGGAUAUUUACACUGUUUUAGCAUUUGUAAGCUCAAAGUAUGUACAUAAAUGUGAUAUUUACAAUGCUGUUGGUCGUCAACGUCAGCAAAAGUUACAAGGACUAAAUAAAAUCGAGAUGCUGCUCAGAACUUUACAAAAUGAUAAAAAUAUUAUGGCAA